ACCAUCACCAGCUGUACACAGGAGGAGUAAGUUAUAGGUGCCUUGCAUGGGAAACUGGCUUCCCUGGCUUUCAGAGUUGUGAAUUUUUACUAACUUAGAGGACCUGGGAUACCAACUGGAUUAAUCUUCCUGCAUAUAAAUGAAAACAAAUUUGUUAAGGAAUUGAGCUAAUUAAGGUAAUUUAUCAGAGAGCGCAUGAAAGUGCUGAAGUUGCAGCACUACUUUCUCCCACAGUAAAAGACUGUUAACUCUGUCAGGUGUUUUCAUAAUUUAUGCAGAGGAUGGUGGGUGACCACAGAGAAAGCAAAGUCUGUGGAGGCGUGUAAAUAGAAAGUGAUGUGCUCCUGUUGAUGGGCUAGGGAGGGCUGAGGUGACUGCGUGUAGUCUGAUUGUAAAAUCCAGUGGGGCAAUAGAAUGCUAUAACUCGUCUCUGAGGUGAUUGUGUCCAGUUUUGUGGUGGUGUGAACACUGUUGUAUAGGUGGAAUUGAAUUAGGUGCCUGAAAACUUCAGGCACUUUGAGUUCCCCAGUCUGGAUCAAUUUGCAGGAUGUUGCCUGUUUGCUUUGCUUCGUGGUUUGUCAGCAUUUCCCAUGUCUUCACAGGAAUAGAGAAAGUACUUAAAGAAGUAUUAGAGUGGUAAACAGCAUCAGCCGUAAUGUUUCUCCUCUUGUUAAUCUUUACUGAAUGAGAGCACUGCAUUCAAUUGACUUUUAGAGUGUAAAGACUGGAAAGCAGUAUCUGAAUGCAGUUCUGUUACAAUACAGAUUAUUGACCCACACAUACACACAGUGUAUGCACAGAACACUUUGUGAAGUGUGUAUGCUUCAGUGCUUUGGGAGCUUUGGGGCUUUCUGAUUUGUAAGGAGGUUAUUUCUGGGGUUUAUUUUUGAUGUCAGUAGUGGUAGGCUCAGUUUACGUUAAGAACUGCUUGGUGUUGAAAGUUGUAUUAAAAACCACCCCCACUUCCUUACAGUACAAACAAACAAAAAUACACCCUAAAGGUAUGAAGCCUGUUAAAACAAGCCGAGUGAGCUUUCCAGGAGGAGCCAGGGAGAGGUGAAGCCACGAGGAGGCUGAGGGCCCAUGGGAAGAGUUGCAAGAACAGGUUGGUUGGCUCUCUUCUCCGGAACCAUGCCAGAGAUGACAGAGAAUGAGACACCUACUAAGAAGCAACAUCGAAAGAAAAACCGGGAGACACAUAAUGCAGUUGUGCUGCUGUUGUGCUGACUUGCCCAACCAGAUGACACAGUACAUAUUAUUUUGGUUAGUGGAGAGACAUCGAAAGAAGAAGAUUAAUGCUGGGAUAAACAGAAUUGGAGAACUCAUUCCCUGCUCUCCAGCACUUAAGCAGAGCAAGAACAUGAUCCUGGAUCAGGCCUUUAAGUACAUAACAGAAAUGAAAAGACAGAAUGAUGAACUUCUAUUAAAUGGAGGGAACAAUGAACAGGCUGAAGAGAUAAAAAAACUCCGGAAACAGUUGGAUGAACUGCAAAAGGAAAAUGGGAGAUACAUCGAACUACUGAAAGCAAAUGAUAUUUGCCUGUAUGAUGACCCUACAAUCCACUGGAAAGGGAAUCUCAAAAAUGCGAAGGUCUCAGUUGUUAUUCCCAGCGAUCAGGUUCAAAAGAACAUCAUUGUCUAUUCUAAUGGGAGUCAACCCAAUGGAAAUAACCAAGGAGCACCUGUCCAGGGAAUAACGUUUAAUGUUGGUCAUAAUUUACAAAAGCAAACAGCCAAUGUUGUGCCAGUUCAGAGAACUUGCAACAUAGUGACUCCUGUGACGAUUGCUGGCAUUUAUCCCACAGAAAAUAAGCCAUGGUCUCAGCCUACAGUUUCUCCACUGGCAUCUGCUCAGACUGCUCCAGCAGGGCCCGUUCUUGAGCUUUCCACCCCAGAGAACGAGCGAGGUGUGCUCACCACUGCUGCUGCCAGCUCACAGAGUGCAUCUCAGUCCAGCACAGAACAGGAACUACAGUGUUCUUCAAGUAAUGCACCACAGAAUGAUCAAAAUCUCCCCAAAAGUAAAAAUGAUGAGGAGGGCACUAAGCCAACAAAGAAAACACUCCUGCAGGGAACCAGCCUUCCUUCCAGUGUCUCUGUGGAAGCCUCCCCAGUUCAACAGGUGAAUGCAGCUUGCUCAAAUACAAACAAUUCCAGGAGUGACCUCCAGGAAAGCUGUGUCAUAUCAGCCACAGACACAGCUUGUGUGCCACCUGUGAGACUCUCUACUGCAGAUAGCUUUUCCUCUGUAAAUGUCCUCAAAAGCACAGAUGUAGUGAGCAGUGCUGGAGUGCCUGCGACCUCUGCAGCAGAAGGAGUUAAGGCUGUGACAGCAAUAAGCACUCUGGCUGCCAGUCCCUUAGAGAACUGCUGGUCUUUUUCAGGCUCUUCAGGUGUUGGCACUUCAGACUUGAAAAACAUGAGUAGCCUUACACGGAUGCCUUCAACUGGAAACACACAGACCACGUGGACCACUUUGCAGCUGGCAGGAAAUACUGUCCAGCCACUAAGCCAAACGCCAUCUGGUAUAAUGACUGCACUAUUAAACGAGCCAGUUAAUGGUGCUGGUACUGUGUCUUCUGCUCACAGCAGGCCUUUGACUACCAGUAUCAGUUUGAAUGCUUCUCUGCCUGGGGAUGGCCAGGCAGCUGAACAGAUUGUAGUUACCUUGCCCUCGUGCCCACCCUUACCUAUGCAGCCUUUAAUCAGCCAGCCACAGGUUAAAACUCAGGCUGCAGGAAGUAUCCUUCCAUUAAAUUCAGCUAUGCAGGUGAUUCAGAUGGCUCAGCCAGUCGCGUCAGCUGUUACAGGAGCGCCAGCUAACCAGAACGUCAUCAUUCUCCAGCCUCCAAACCCCGCUCCGUGCCCUCCGAUUGUGAGAGCAGAAGUUCCCAGCCAAAAUGUUAGUCAGCAAAUUGUAAUUAUACAGGCUGCUAAUCAGAAUCCUCUUCCCCUCCUCUCCGCUCAGCCUUCUGCUUCUGUAAGAGUUCCUGCGAAUGGGCCGACUGCAGUUGCGAACUCCAGCAGCUCCAUGCAAAAUGCCUCUCUUCCACAGACUUUUGGAGGAAAACACCUUGUCCAUAUAUUACCAAGACCAUCUUCUUUGCCAUCUUCUAGCUCUACUCAAACAUUUUCAGUCACAAUGUCCAAUCAACAGCAUCCUCAGACUAUCUCAUUAAAUGGGCAGCUUUUUGCAUUGCAGCCUGUGAUGUCCUCAUCUGGAGCUUCAAAUCAAGCCCCUAUGCAAAUUAUUCAACCCACCACCAGCGAAGAUCCAAAUACCAAUGUUGCCCUCAAUACAUUUGGUGCUUUAGCCAACCUCAAUCAAAGCAUAUCGCAGAUGGCUGGGCAGAGCUGCUUACACUUGUCUCUCAGCCACCCCACCAAUCCCGCAACCGUCAAUAACCAGAUUGCCACAGUUAACUGUGUGUCAUUACCAACUUCUGUGGCAUCUUCAGUGCCUGCGGAGGUUUCAGUACUAACCAGUGCAUCUAAUUCAAUAAAUGCUUCCCCCAAAAAACCGUCUGCUGGCUUGCCAUCCAGUGCAAAAUCAAAAAGGACAAACAAAAAGCCGAGUACGAAGAAACACCAAGCAGUCAACAAUAAAGUGUCCUGCGCAACAGUUUCUUGCAAAGAUGCAGGGAAGGUGGACUGUGCUCCUGUGGAAACAGCGGCAAGGCAUUCAAGUGGGGAAGGGCUGCUGGAAAACACUCCAGCAGUAUCUCAAGCUGUAACUACAUCACAGGCAAGCAGCGUGGCAGCAUCGAGUGGUGUCAGUAUUUCUGACGCUCAUUCCAAAGAGACUGCUAGUUCUGAACAGGCAGUGAAAACACCCUCUGUUCCCGAGCCAAGCUCGGCAGAGGCACCUGCUUCUUUACCACUGGAGCCCGUGGUGUCAGAGCAGCUGCCUCUUGUCCCAUCGGCUCCCAAAGAUGCUGCUCCUCACCAGCAGGCACUUGGACCUCAGAACCACCCUCCAACUGUCUCUGACUUGUCAGAGUCUCCCAAACCCUGUGAACCUCCCAGCACCUUAACGUCCUCCCGUAGCGAAGCACAGGUGACACAUUCUCAGGUUGCUGGGACAUCAGCAGCACAGAGCGGCACAACAAGUCAUAAUUCCAAGGCAGGAAUGAUUUCGGAGUCCUGCAACAUUGAGCAGGAUUCCUCAGUGGUAAUGCAAGAUGCAGACUUGUUAGAAGGACAGGGUCUAACCAAAAUGCUGUCUGAUCUCACAAAAGAAAGAACAGCUGUGGAAAAAACCUCUUCAUUUACUGUUCAGGGGGAGCAUUCUAAUUUUCCUAUGGAAAACUCCAAAUCAGCAGAAUCAAAUGUUGAUUUGCCCGAGAAGCAGGAACUCUUGCUAAUGAACUCGGAAGGUGACACUCUCUCCCAGCAUCACUCCUGCAUCUCUGAUCAGGAAGUAGUCAGUGCUUCCCUUAUUGCUAGCAGGCAGGCAGACUCCCCGAUGUCAACCAGCUCUGGCAGCAGUCGAGGCUUCUCAGUUGCAUCUAUGUUGCCAGACACCACCAGAGAAGAUGUCACAAGCAGCACCUCAACCAGUACCUGUAACAGCUGCACAUUUUCAGAACAGACUGAUAUUGUAGCUCUUGCGGCGAGAGCUAUUUUUGACCAGGAAAACCUUGAGAAAAGUGGAGGAGGAGUACAGGUUAACACGAGGGAUGCUGUCUCUAAGUCAGCUGAGGUUGCACCGCUGGAGAGAGAGCAACAGCCUUUUAAACCUCAGUCAGUGAAAGAAAACAAUGCAGGACCGUUGGAAGUGGCCCCAAACAAAUUCAGUGCUCACGAUACAGCAUCGGCAAACAUUGACAGGCAGGUUGAAAAGCCAAGCUGCUCCGUAGGAGGUGUAGAAACAUCGAACCCUCCUUUGCAGAUUUCCACCUCCCAGACACCAAGCAUAACCAGUCUAAGCGUGAAUAAUCUAAUACACCAGAGUCGCAUUGUCCAUCCCCUGGUGAGUUGCUCAAGUUUAUCCCAGCCUUCGGAGCCUGCGAGUGUCCCUGCAACUGUGAGCCUCUCCCUUCCAUCUAGCACGUAUAUCAAUCAAUCUCCAGGACCCGCUAUGAUGAGUGAGUAUGCUCAGGAACAACUGAAUGCCAUUAGGGCAAGCACCAUGCAGGCUCCCCAGCUGCAGGAGUCACACUUAAAGCAUCAAAGUCACGAAGGUCGCAAAGACUCAGCCAAGCGGGCCGUUCAAGAUGACCUUCUGCUUUCUACAGCAAAGAGGCAAAAGCAGUGCCAGACAGCACCCAUAAGGCUUGAGGGGAUGGCACUGAUGAACCGGACACCAGAGAGUAUUGCUGAUCAAACACAGAUGCUGGUCAGUCAGAUUCCUCCUAAUUCUUCCAAUUCAGUGGUGUCCGUGAGCAAUCAAGGGCACGCUGAUGGCCUCAGUAGGUUAUUUCCAUCCAACAGCAAUUUUGUAACACCAGCUUUGAGGCAAACUGAGGUUCAGUGUGGUUCUCAGCCAUCAAUUUCAGAGCAGCCAGGCCAGGCAGGGCAGCACUUGCAGCCAAUUCAACAUGUUCCUUCUCAAGGCAUCUCUCACCUUCACAAUAAUCACCCAUAUUUAAAGCAACAGCAGGCUGGUCAGUUGAGAGAGAGGCACCACUUGUAUCAGCUGCAGCACCAUGUCACUCACGGGGAAAACUCAGUCCACUCUCAACCCCACAGUGUCCACCAACAGCGAACAAUACAGCAGGAGGUGCAGAUGCAAAAGAAAAGGAAUCUCAUCCAGGGAACGCAAGCCACGCAGCUUUCCCUACAGCAGAAACACCACGGAAGUGAUCAAACACGGCAAAAGGGUGGUCAGCCUCAUCCUCACCACCAACAAAUGCAGCAGCAGAUGCAGCAGCACUUCGGAGCUUCCCAGCCUGAAAAGAACUGUGAAAAUCCUGCAACAAGCAGAAACCACCAUACCCACCCUCAGAGCCAUAUGAAUCAGGAUAUUAUGCAUCAGCAGCAACAAGAUGUUAGCAGCAGACAGCAAGGUUCCGCUUCUGAACAUGUUUCAGGGCACAAUCAGAUGCAAAGACUUAUGACCUCAAGGGGCUUAGAGCAGCAAAUGGUGUCCCAGGCAAGCAUCGUAACCAGACCAUCAGAUAUGACGUGCACCCCUCACAGGCAGGAGAGAAACAGAGUUUCCAGCUACUCUGCUGAGGCCCUCAUUGGGAAAACGCCCUCUAAUUCGGAGCAGAGAAUAGGAAUAUCUCUUCAAGGCCCUAGGGUUUCUGACCAGCUCGAAAUGAGAAGUUAUCUUGAUGUUUCUAGGAAUAAAGGGUUGGCGAUUCAUAAUAUGCAGGGCCGCUUGUCUGUCGACCACACAGUUGGCUCAGAUGUGCAGCGUCUUUCUGAUUGCCAAACAUUUAAGCCCACCGGACCCAAUCAACAACCGACGGGCAAUUUCGAUGUUCAGGCUUCAAGGAACAGUGAAAUUGGCAAUUCUGUGUCAUCCCUCAGGGGCAUGCAGUCACAAGCGUUCCGAAUCGGUCAAAAUACUGGGCCCUCCAUAGAGAGACAGAAGAGACUGCCCUACCAGCCAGUUCAGGGUAUUCCAACGGGGAAUACGCUACCAUCAAGGGAAAACGAAAACACGUGCCACCAAAGUUUCAUGCAGAGUUUGCUCGCCCCUCACCUUGGAGAUCAAGUUAGUGGAAGCCAAAGAUCAAUCCCAGAACAUCAAAGGAACACACAGUGUGGCGCCUCCUCCACAAUAGAGUACAACUGUCCCCCAGCGCGAGACGGCGUCCACAUCCGAAGAGACGGUGAUGGCCAGAGUAGGGAAAGCUGUGACAUGUCUAUUGGGGCAAUUAACACAAGGAACAGUUCUUUGACUAUUCCUUUUUCGAGUUCUUCUUCCUCGGGAGAUAUUCAGGGUCGCAAUACAAGCCCAAACAUCUCUGUGCAGAAGUCCAAUCCCAUGAGGAUGACAGACAGUCAUGGAACUAAGAGCCACAUGAAUACGCCUGUUUCUAGCAACAUGCAUGGGGUCGUGAGGCCAACGCACCCUCACCCUGCGGUUUCUCACGGAAAUGGUGAGCAAGGGCAGCCUUCUGUUCGUCAGCCAAAUUCUUCAGUUACUCAGCGGUCAAGACAUCCUCUGCAAGACAACGGAGGUUCUAAAAUACGUCAGCCUGAAAGGAAUCGAUCUGGAAAUCAAAGACAUGGAAAUGUCUUUGACCCUAGUCUUCCCCAUCUUCCCCUGUCCACCAGUGGCAGUAUGAUCCUUGGGCGCCAGCAGUCCGCAAUAGAAAAAAGAGGAAGCAUUGUCCGGUUUAUGUCUGAUGGCCCUCAAGUAUCUAACGAUAACACGGCCCCUGACCAACAUACUCUCUCUCAAAAUUUUGGAUUCCCUUUUAUUCCAGAGGGUGGCAUGAAUCCACCAAUAAAUGCCAAUGCCUCUUUCAUUCCACCGGUCACUCAGCCUAGUGCCACUCGAACACCAGCUCUAAUCCCAGUUGAUCCUCAGAAUACGCUACCAUCCUUCUAUCCACCUUACUCCCCUGCCCACCCUACCCUCUCCAAUGACAUUUCUAUCCCUUACUUUCCCAAUCAAAUGUUUCCUAACCCAAGCACAGAAAAGCCAAGUAGUGGAAGUUUAAACAAUCGAUUUGGAUCCAUUUUGUCUCCUCCCAGGCCUGUUGGUUUUGCUCAGCCAAGUUUUCCUUUGCUUCCAGAUAUGCCACCAAUGCACAUGACCAACACGUCGCACUUAUCCAAUUUUAACUUAACGUCUUUGUUUCCAGAAAUAGCCACAGCUCUUCCUCCAGAUGGUUCAGCAAUGUCGCCUUUGCUUUCCAUUGCAAACACAUCUGCUUCAGAUUCUUCCAAGCAGUCCUCAAACCGACCUGCGCACAACAUAAGCCAUAUUUUAGGUCAUGACUGCAGCUCAGCUGUAUGAAAACUGAUAGACUGACUUCUAGUCUGAUGCGUUGUUUAUAUAUUUAAGAAGAAGAGAGUGGAGGCCAUUCAUAGCAUCACUGUUUAUUUGCCUAAAUGUAUGUAUAUGGGUACUUUCUGUAUUUAUAUACAUGUUGUAUUUCCACCCACCUUACUAACUCUAAAGCACCAGUGCCUAAAGCAAUGCUUACUUACUAGUAAACAGUAAGGAUGCAACACUGAGAGGUGUGCAAAUAUUGAUUGUUGAUUUUCCAACAAUCAAGUUUGAUGUCCGAUUGUUCCAAGGUAAAGAGAGUGAGAGCAUUCGUACGGGAGACAAGAAACAAGUGCUACAGGUGUCGGUUUGUUUCUGAUACGUUUACCUGAAACUGCAGAGGAACUUGAAAUGGCUUGGGGUUUUUCUUUUGUAAAAUAUCUUCAGGAGCCUCAACAGAAGUCAAGUCUGUGUUAACCCAGUGUUAAUUGAAAAAGGCAUUUGUUGUGCAGCUUUUGUCUGUUUUAAGCUUGCCCUGUGCAAUUGACUUAAAGCUGACUUUACAUGGUUAAAAUUACUACACGUUCGCAUGGUCAGCAAUUAAAAAUACUGGUUUAGAAAAUCUGGAUCUCUUUAACCCAUGACUUUCCAUUUCUAAGAAGAAUUUUGCUUGGAUCUGUUUUAGGAGUGGCUUCAGUUACUGCUGAACUCGGUCAACGUUUAAAUGUAGCUUGCGACUCUUUCUGGUGCAGUCAGCAGAGACAGCAGCUGUGUUUGUUGCCAUGUCACUGUUCAUUGCUGCAAGUUACCUCAGGGUGGGUUUUGUACCUUGGUUAGCACCUUCUUAAUGUCCUUUUCCUUUUUUUUUUCCCCUCUCCUUUUCUUUGGCCCAUGCUCAAACACCAGCUUUCUGGUUUCUGUGAGUGACAGCCCAACAGCCCUUUGUUGUACCAGGCAGCACAUGGGAGGAGGACUGAACCUGUGGCACCCCACAAAAUGAGUGGGGAUCCUUGAGGGCAGUGUUCACUUGAUAUUGCUGACCAGAUCGAGCCUGAGUUAUUAUCAGUACUCUGCACUUGAAUGCACCUUUUAUCUAAACCUGUGUGAUUGUGGCUGAAGGAGGAACAUGGUUGUGUCAAGAGUAAACAUAAUAGGAAGACACUGGGAUUUUGAGCACCACAAGGAAGAAUGAUGUGUUUGUUCACGUGUGAGAUAUGGAGUGAAAGUGUGUGCACUAGCUGAGUCUCCAGUACUUUCACAAAUUUCAAUCCCAUUUCUUUUAAAGGAAAGGGAAGAACUAGGUACAAUUUAUGGCUGUGCACUGUGCUUUUCUUCAAACAAGGCAGAAAUAUUUGUCUUAUAUUUUUAUGUGCUUGGAAAUACCAUUCUGGGUUUGAUUCUUCAAAUAACAUGGUAACUUCAGGUUCCUUUAUAUGCAAUUCUCCCCCUACCAGCUGCAGAGUGGCAAAACCUGCUCCAGGACCUCUUCUCUGGUCUGGGUAAGCUUGAAAUGCUUGUGUGUUGCACACCAGCACAUUGUCUUGCUGCUCCUGGGACCUGUCACAGGCCCCUGGUGAGGGCAUGGGGAGGAGCAGGCUCCCUGGGAUUUUGCUUUGUUAUGGUUUGGGGUUUUUUUCUUUGAAAAGUGGAAAGGAAUCUAUUCCUCCAUCUCCAAGAACAGGACCCUCAAAGACAGACCUGCAACAUUUUUCCAUAGAUUGACUUCCCAGAUGUUGUUUUUGCUAAGCCCUUUUCCACUGAUCCAGGAAAGUAAGGAGACUUUGACAUGAAAAAUAAUUGGGCCUUGUCUGUAUUCUGUCCCAACAGUGUCUCUGCUCUUGUAACCCGCAGUCUGAUAUUUUCCCGCAAGGUGAAGUAAAAUGGUUCUGAUUCUGAUUGGGAAUCACUUUUUAAUUCAGAUGGAGCCUAUCUUAGGACAAUAAAUCUAAGUGGUGUAUCAGUUCUCUAUGUUUCUUGAAAACAAUAGAUUGAAUAUUUAUUUCAGUUCCCGGCUUGUCUCUGCCAAAGUGUAGUUACCAAUGGAGUGGCAGCCACUGGGCUGUGCAGAGAGCAGGAGGGUUAGGAAUGAGUCAGUCCUCAGCCUCAAGCUGACUAAGCCAACUACAGGUCUCAGUGUUCUGUGGUGAGACUCUUGAUCAAAGGGAUUUCCUUAAUGCAGUAGCUCUCAAAGGGGCUGCCUCAGCUGGUGAAAUGAGUUCCAGAACAGGGAGUGGUUCCAUGGUUUUUGGAAGAUAAAGACAGGGGGAUCGAAGCAGCAGCCACACUGUGCAUUACAUGUUUGUCUGGACUCGGAGGAGGGAAGCAAAGCCACCAUUCUUACUCUCUUUAAAUGGCAUCAUGUGUGCAGUGAUGGGUUUGGCUUUCAAGACAAACUAGUGAAAAAUUAAGCCCUGGCUUCUAGGACUUUUAUAUAUAAAGAUGCUAAUCCUGCUCUUCAUUCCAGACAUUCACACUACCACAGUAGCUUCCUCUGCUGGGAAAACUAUUACUUCAUGAUGUCUGUGAAAAAUGGAGUGACCUUAUAAACUUCUACCUGUUGCUAGACUAGAAUGUCCCACAGAUCCAUUUGGCUGGAUAAGCUUCAUUCCAGAGUACUGAAGGAGCAAUCAGGAGAUAUGGCAGGAUCCCACUUGGUCAUCCACCAAAGGUCUGGGGAAGUCCCUGCUGAUGGGAAAGUAGCCAGCCUUAUUCCAAUCUGCAGAAAGGGUGUGAGGGAAGAACCCAGGGAACUACAGAGUGAGUCUAACCGCAGUUCCCGAGUUUAAGGAAUAAUGCAAUUAUCAGGCAUAGUCAGCAUGGCUUCACAAAGGGAAACUCCUAUCCAGCUAAUUUGAUAUCCUGUUAUGAUAAGGUCACCCACUUAGUGGGUGAAUGGAAAGUGCCGGAUGGAAUGUUUCUGGAUUUUAGUAAGGAUUUUGAUACCAUCCCUCACAUCAUCCAUCUGGACAAGCUGUCCAGCUGUGGGAUGAGCAAGUUCAUGGUGUGCUGGGUGAAGAAUGGGCUGAAGGGCAGAGGUCAAAGGGCUGUAGUGAAUGGGGCUACAUCUGGCUGAUGACCAGUCACCAGCAGUGUUCCCCAGGGCUCAAUUCCAGGGCCACUCCUAUCCAAUGUAUUUAUCACUGAUCUGGAUGCAGGAGUUGAGCACACCACUGGCAAGUUUGCUGAUGAUACCACACGGAGAGCAGCUGUUCACAGAUGCUUUGCAGAGGGAUCUGGAUAGAUUGGAUCCUUGGACUGUGACUAAUGGGAUGAAAUUUAAUAAGUUCAAGUGCCAGAUUCUGCACAUGGGACAAAGUAACACCAGGCACAAGUAUAAAUAGGGAGAGGAGUGGGGGGACAGCACCCUGUAGAGCGGGCCCUGGGGGUGCUGGUGGGCAGCAGCUCAGUGUGAGUCAGCAGUGUGUGCCUGGGCAGCCCAGAGGGCAAACCACGUCCUGGGGAGCAUCAAACACAGCAUCACCAGCCAGUCAGAGGGAGGGGAACAUCCCACUGGGCUCAGCAUUGGUGUGGCCUCAGACUGAGUGCUGGGUGCAGUUCUGAGCCCCACCAUUUCAGAGGGAUGUGAAGGUCCUGGAAUGAGUCCAAAAGAGCACAACAAAGCUGGUGGAAGGGCUGGCAGGUGUGUCCUGCGAGGAGCGGCCGAGGGCUCUAGGCUUGUCUGCUUUGGAGAAACAGAGACUAAAGGUCAACCUUCUUGCACUGAGUUGUGAAGGUUAGUUGUGCCACUGACAGGUCAGUGGCUCAGUUCCUUUGGCAGGGAAGAGGAGCAAUUGCAACAUCUUUACCAUGGAGUGGAAACUAUUGCUUCUUUCUUUUAUUUUUCCUUUCUCCUACCGUUGAACCUGUUGAACCUGUUGUGUUUAGGUUGAUAAAACUCGUUUUACCUCAAUCUGUACUUGGGAGAGUACUUUGAAAAAGGAGCAUCAGUUUUGCAGAUUGAAUGAUUCUGUUUUACUUGUUAUGAUAACAAUUUCUUAAAGAAAUACAUUUUCUUCAGCAAACAUCAAUGACAACAUUUAUCUUUUUCUCCUAAGAAUUACCUGUUCCCUUAUUUUUAAAGAUGUAUUUAUAAAAGACUAUAUUUGGAAAAGUUGCAAUUUGUUAGCCUGAGAAUGCCAUUUUCUCUUCCAUAAUACAUUUUUGAAGGUUACUUAUACUAAGACAGGGUUUGUUUUGGCUCUGAAGGAAGGAAAAAUACUCAGUAUUGCUUAAUUUAGCAAAAUAAGCAGUGGAAGGGAAAGGUUGGGCACUGCCUCUGGGGUGGGACUGCUGCAGCUGACAGGCGUUGUGUGGCUGUGGCUUUCAGCUUGGCCUAAGUGACUUCUACAAAUAGUAUUGGGCUGGAUUGCAUGUAUGUCAGUGUAGUCCAUGAUCAACCCCUUAAGCAGCCUAGGAGAAUAGGAACAGAGACAGGCUAUGUUGAAAGCAGGCAAUAAAAUAGUAUUAAUACUGUAUUAAUAUUUAUACACCAUUGAGAGAAAAGACCUCAUUUAAGAACAGCUAAGGGAAACGAGAACUGAAGUGGUUUGAGUUGAUGGCUGGGCCUUAUUGGAAUGGGUUUUCCAGCUCCUGCUCCCAGCUCCAGUCACUAUGCUGCUGCCCUGGUGGAAGAGCACCUCUCUGACAAAAAAUAAAUAUACUGUGCUAGUCCAGAGCCUCCUGAUUUUUGCACAGAUUUCCUACUGCACUUUAAAGCUGCGCUGUUGCUGCUGUGGUUGGUGACUGUAGUUCUGUUGCAGGAAAAAGAUUGAAUGGCAGGGCAACUGCAGAGGGCGUUGCUGGAGAAAAUGGGCCAUUUAAUUACUUCUGUUAUCUUUUCACAUUAUUCUGAGGUACUUGUGCAGCCCUGGCUCAAGGACUCGGUCACAAACUCAUGCUGUUUCUGGAUGACUGAAUGUAGUCAGCUGUGCUAAGAGCUGUGAUCUUUUGCCAUUCCCCUAGUAAGUUUCAUGCUCAUCACUUUCUCACUUUCACUGGCAAGACAGAAUGGCAUUGAGUCUAUUUAUAAUAAAUCAGUCAAAUUUGUGUUGUUUUCUGAUACACUGCUGCAAGGAGCUCCACUCUUUAUCAUCACCUGGCCUGUUAUCAUUCACCACUUGUCCUUUCUCCCAUUGCCAUGAUCCAGCAUGGGUAGCAGUCUCAUGGACAGGAGUGCCACUGCAGAGACAGGUUUGCAUGUGAGGGCGUUUUCAAAUUCUACUCCCUCUGCAAUACCAAGUAAAUCUAAAACCUCGGAGCACCAACACUUUAUUCCCACUAGUUACCCUGAGAGCAAGUUACUCCGUGAACUGGUGAAAGAUGUAGUGGAGGUUUUUGGUCAUGACAAUACAAAUUCAUAUUCUCUCUGCGAAAAAACUCUGCUUAGUUACACAGAAGCCAUUUGUUAUAUACUGAUACCAGUUUUUAUGAGAUAAAUUUAAAAAAUAAAGGCAUUUCUUUCUGCCUCACCAAAAGUAUCUUUACAAGCAGGUUCCCAAGUUUGCAAAAUGUGCUGCUGUUCUGGCAAUCACAAGCAUGAAACAGUGGAGCUCAUGGUGGUUUGGGCCCUGUUCCUGCCUGCUCACUGUGAGAAGGGAAGCAAAUACAGAUUUUGCCACAGGAGAUUAAUCAAAGAUGCUGUUGCCCUCCACAGUGUAAAUUAUUUAUAUUCAGUCCAGAGUUUCCUGCUGUGCUUCUGUUUUAUACAGCUGUAAAAGACUUGGAUACAGUCCCAGUGGAAAGUCCUUACUAUUUUGUAAUGGAAAAAAGGAACUUUGCAGUAGAAAUCUAUAAUGAAUGAACAGGAACAUCAUCUUCCAAUUGUAAAUAAGAUCUUGCUCUGUUUAUUUUGACAUCUUUUUACAAAUGUGUUACAUUCAGGUGUAAAUAUCCCAAACCAUGAUCUUGUUCAGAGUUCUGAGAUUUCUAUUGUUAAAUGUAAUACUUUGUUUAAUAGUUGUAAUAAUUAUUUGUAUAGAUAUGAACAUAAUAGUAUUUUAUUAAAAAAAAAGAAAACCACUCUUUGGAUACUAUGUUCUUGUUGAUACAGCUUCUUUCCCCAUGGAAAGUCAUGCCAUUCACUCUUCAAAAGAGGUAAAAGUUUUGGGAAUUUACAGUUACAGUUUUCCACUGAUGUAUAUUUUCUGCAUAGACCAGGGUUAUGCACUGCAUUAUUUGGAGGUAUAAAACUACACAAUUCAGAAGAAACAUACUCAUAAUAAAGUAUCAAAAUAAUGCAUGGCAGGUGCUGUCCUGGCCCAGGCGACAGUGCUCGCUGAGUUGAGAUACAACUUCAGUUUUUUAUAAUGCUUCUCAUCACAG